AUGGCGGGGUCGGCGCAGGACCAGAUCGUGGUCGAGGUGGCGGACCAACCAUCCCCGCUGAAGCGACCGAGCCGCGCCCCGAAACCGAGUGCGAAAGUUCGCGAAGCAAUGCAAUCGAUCGAAGACGCAACCACCGCGUCGAGAAGGACUACGAGCGAUGCUAUGCGGACCGCCGCUUCGAGAGGAACACGCGCGCUAGGAGGCGGGAAUGCGACCAACAGCGAAGUUGGGACCGGGAAGACAGCGCUACAAACACUCCUAGAGGUGCUCAAUGCACAGCGAAACGAGAUGCUCGACACAAUCAUUGAACUACGCGACGUGGUCAGCAAGCAGCAGAACACGAUUCAAGAAUUGCACCAUCAGCUCCAGGAAUACCAACGUCAAAUGGAAUGCGCCCUAGCGAACACAAAGGCACAGCUAUCAGAGGAGCUGAGGCAAGCUCGAGACCAGAUCGACGUCCUUAUACGCAACCCGGUAUUCACGGCCUCGUCCCAGCCAAGCGCAAGAGCAUCGUACGCCGAAGUCGCUCGCACCCCACCAUCAAGCCAACCAAGCGGGGUGCGCACCCUCUCCUCGUCGAACACGACACCCUCAUCCUUUACCGACACGCUGUCCUGCACCAUCGACACAUCCAGAGUGGAGGAAAACGAAAAGAACAAAGUCCAGGUGGCGGAUGUCAGAAAAGCAAUCGAGGCGGAGGUCCGGACACUGGAGAACAUGGGAGAUUGGCGCUGCGCUGCGGUUGUAAAGGAGACCCGGAACCCGGAUCGGGUCAAGGUGGUUUGUAGAGACGAAAACGAGACCAGAAUUGUCAAGAAUGCAGCACAAAAGAUCACUGUCCCGGGCGUACGGGUGCUGAGGGAUCAGCUCUACCCAGUGAGGAUCGACAAUGCCAACCGCACAGCGGUCCUCGACGCCGAGGGGAACGUUUUACCAGGGGCAAUGGAAGCCCUUGGUACAGAGAACGACGUCAACAUUGCCAAGAUCGUCUGGCUCAGCAGGAAGGAUACAGGCAAGGCCUACGGCUCUAUGGUCGUCUACGUGACGGAGGGCAGCGAAGCGAGGCGACUUCUAGACGGGCGUUACUUCCAUCUGGCCGGAGAAUCCGCUUACACGACCGUGUUCGCGCCCCGGGAAGGCCCAACCCAGUGCUACAGAUGCCAGGAAAUCGGCCAUAAGGCCUUCGCCUGCAAAAAGCCGCAAAGAUGCGGAAGGUGUGCGGAACAGGGUCACCACCACAAGAGGUCAGUCCGUGGUCCUGAAGUGCGUGCUAUGCAGAGGGCCACACAAGUCAUUUUAGCAAGAACUGGUCGGGCUGAUCGAAGGCUCGGUGACGACGGUCCCAAUGAGUCAUCACAACUGGACGAAGCUGAUACCAACGACAAGACGAGAAGCCACGUGGCCAAUUCGGAGCAUGCUAUGGGUACGAAGCGAUAUAGAGGUCGAGCAGAUUCCAGUGCCGUCGGCAGACCUCACCGCAGCACGCAUCCGGCUCCCAGACCGGGCAGUGCUGUUGGUGUCAGUCAGACCAACUACUCAGAUGCGCGAUUCACCCCUGCGACCCAUGGCUCAGACCACAGAGCAAUCGAGACAGCUUUUGACACCUCGGUGGAGGACCGUCCCAGUGAGACGAGGUUCCUCUUCAAGAACGCGCCCUGGGCGGAAAUUAGGACUAGGGUGGCAGCAAACCUCGAACGCAUCCCCUGGGACGGCAAUGUCCAGCAGCAGACGGACAGGCUCAUGGCAGCGGUAACCGAGGCGGUCUACGGCCUGACACCUAAAGCCAAACCCUCACCAUACGCCAAGCGGUGGUGGACAACGGACCUGACACGGCUUCGCCAGACAUACACGUUUUGGAGAAACCAGGCGAGAUCUCGACGUAGGAUUGGGCAAACAGCACCAGAGCUCGAACAACGAGCCAGGAUGGCAGCCAAAGAGUACCACGACGCCAUCCGCAGACAGAAGAGUUCGCAUUGGAACGACUUCCUGGCCGAUGACGCUAACAUCUGGCAAGCAACGAAGUACCUGCAAACCGGCAGCGGCACGAUGGGCGAUAAGAUACCCCCGCUCGUCCGACCCGAUGGCUCCAUCACGGAGGGUAAAGCAGAACAAGCGCAGGAGUUACUCACCGCCUUCUUCCCACCUUUGCCAGCGAGAAUCGAAGACGAGGGCCAACGACCUCAACGGGCGCCGGUACACAUGCCAGACCUAACAAUGGAGGAGAUAGAACAAAAGGUCCUGUCCGCUAAGCCAUGGAAGGCGCCCGGGGAAGACGGUCUACCGGCAAUGGUAUGGAGACAGCUCUGGCCAGUGGUCAAAGACAGGGUGCUCCAUUUAUUCCGGACGUCGCUUCGAGACGGCGACAUCCCCAGCCAGUGGAAGAAUGCCAAGAUCAUCCCAUUGAAGAAGCCAGGGAAGAGCGAUUACACUCUAGCCAAGUCCUGGAGACCCAUCUCGCUGCUCUCCACGCUAGGCAAGAUACUAGAGGCAGUCAUUGCGGAGCGUUUAUCCCAUGCUGUGGAGACCUGCGGCCUUCUACCCGCCAACCACUUCGGAGCCAGGAAGAGACGCUCGACCGAACAGGCUCUCCUUCUGCUUCAGGAACACAUCUACAAAGCAUGGAGAGCUAGGAAAGUGCUCAGUCUGGUCAGCUUCGAUGUCAAGGGCGCAUACAAUGGGGUCUUCAAAGACAGGCUUCUCCAGAGGCUCAAGGCAAGAGGGAUACCUGAACACCUGGUCAAGUGGAUCGACGCCUUCUGCUCCAAGCGCACAGCGACCAUUGCCGUAAACGGGUUCACAUCUGGACGGCAAGAGCUGCCCCAAGCGGGUCUUCCGCAAGGAUCGCCGCUGUCUCCAGUGUUGUUCCUCUUCUUCAACGCCGACCUAGUGCAGCACAAGAUCGACGCGAACGGAGGCGCAAUUGCCUUCGUGGACGACUACACUGCCUGGGUAACGGGCCCGUCAGCGGAGUCGAACCGCACUGGAAUCCAAGCUAUCAUCGACAAAGCCCUUGACUGGGAGAAACGGAGCGGUGCGCAGUUUGAAGGCGAAAAGACAGCCAUCAUACACUUCACGAGGAACAUGGAGCGAUUUUCAGAACAACCGUUCUCGGUCAAAGGCGAAGUGGUCAAACCGAAGGAAAGUGCGAAAAUCCUAGGUGUCGUGAUGGAUCGCGAACUCCGCUACAAGCAGCACAUUGCUAGGACGGCAGCUAAGGGCCUCGCAGCCGCUCUGGCCCUGAAGAGACUGAAGAUGCUUUCCCCGCGGACAGCGAGGCAGCUAUUUGUUGCGACAGUAGCCCCGGUCAUGGACUACGCUGCCAAUGUCUGGAUGCAUGCGUGCGGGGAAAAGGCACUGAGCUGGCUGAACAGGGCGCAGAAGAUCGGGGCCCUGGCCAUCACGGGAGCCUUUCGAACCGCGGCAACAGCCGUGGUGGAAGCUGAAGCGAGCAUCUACCCCGUACGAGAACGACACGCCCAGGCGGCAGCCAGUCUGUGGAUCAACAUCCACACGCUGCCCGGAACGCAUCCCCUUGCCAUGAAGAAAGUCCGGACCACCGUACGAUUCGUAUCUCCGCUGCAGAAAAUUGCCCGCGUGGCCGAAGGAGUACGAGUUGACCGGAUGGAGACAAUCCAGGAAUACGCCGUCCCGCCCUGGGUACCUCGCCUACGACCGACGCUCGAAGCCGAUCGAGGGAAGGCGGUCGAGAUGGUCAACAAAAUUUCGGGAAUCGUGAUCGCCCCAGCUCAUCCGUAA